AUGGAUGAUGUUGGGGAAAGGUUGAGGAAAGAAAAUAUCCGGGUGAUUUUAGGGAGCAAAUCGGCGACGAGAAAACAAAUCUUGAACGAGAUGAAGAUUGAAUACGCGACGAUAUCGGCGGAUAUAGACGAAAAAGCGAUUCGAUUCGAGGAUCCUUCGCGGUUGGUGGAAGCGUUGGCGAGAGCAAAAGCCGAGGCGAUUUUGGAACGAAUCCGGAAGGCUGAGGAAGAGGAAGGAGCGAAAGAGAAGAGAAGGACGCUGUUAAUCACGUGCGAUCAAGUGGUGGUUUUUGACGGUAAAAUACGCGAGAAACCAGAGACAGAGGAAGAAGCGAGGAUCUUUAUGCGGUCGUAUAAGGAGAAUAAUCCGUGCUCGACGGUUGGUUCGAUCAGAGUGACGGACGUGGCGACGGGCGCGUCGGCGAGUUCCGUGGACGUGUGCACGAUUCAUUUUAAGGAGAUCUCGGAGGAGGCGAUGGAUUUUUUGAUCAAUGAAGGCGAGGUCAUGUGGUGUGCGGGAGGUCUGAUGGUAGAACACGAGAAAGUGAGGCCGUUCGUGACGAAGAUUGAUGGGAGCGAAGAUGGAGUCAUGGGGAUGGAUAAAGAAGUCUGCGCUCGGCUACUGCGAGAGGUUUUCUGA